GCGCAAGCUUGUAAAUCUUUCCCAAGAUGUAAAUAUUCUACCGCAAUAUAAUUGGCUUCAAAUUAAGGAACGGGAGUUCGUUCGCGAGUUCAGUAGAUCCGGGAGGAAGAAAAUGCAGUCCACAGUAACAGUUCCCGAGUUCAGUGCCGAUGAGCUGGUUUCGAUCGUAUCCAGCGCUAUCGGAUAUCCAAGGGUCUUGGUCACCAUUCAGGAUCACAGCGUGGAGGGAUUCAGUUCGACCUUAGAUGGAUUUCUCGCGGAGCACUAUGCGCUUCGAGUUAACGUUCGCUGCGCGAACUAUCCUCCGGAUCAAAGCGAUCGUAAGCUAUCGUUCUUUGUGAAGGCGCUUCCACAGCGGAAUCCAUGUUUGGUGGAAUAUCUGGAGAGCAUUGGGACGUUCCGGAAGGAGAUUACGUUGUUCGAAGAGGUGCUUCCUAGAAUACAAAAGGCAGUGGACGGGAGAAACUUCGUAGCCAAGGUGUUUCUGACCCGAGGGAAUGGGUUGAUCGUUAUGGAAAAUCUAAAGGUGGGGGGUUAUGAUAUCGUGACGGGAAACAAUGGACUGUUGGAUGGGUUUCAGCUACGGAAGGCGAUGGAUGCGUUGGCAAGUUUGCAUGCCGGAUCGAUGAUCCUCGAGAAGCAAGAAGGGAAGAGUUUGAUGGAGUUGUUCCCCGGAGUGUUGGAUGAGAAUGCCUGGAUUGAUUGCGAAAAUAGUGUACGCUGGAAGGAUGUAGAAAAUGUGAUCUAUUUCUGGUGUGAGGUGGUCAAGUUUUCGGAAAAGAACCCAACGCGACUGAGCGUCAUCCUGAGUGAUCUCCCGAAAACGAUUCGACGGAUUUAUGAGUAUGUCAAACCAUCGUCACAAUUUCGGAAUGCCCUCUGCCACGGAGAUUUGUGGAACAACAAUCUCAUGUUCAGAUCGCUGGCCGGUAUCGUAGAUGAUUGCAUUCUGGUUGAUUUUCAAAUGUCCAGAUACGUUCCUCCUGCUUAUGACCUGAACCUACUGAUCGGUCUGUCAACAUUCCGAAUUUUUCGGAAGCAACAUUUUGAAGCUUUGGUGAUGGAUUACUUUGUAAGUCUUCGGAAGCUCUUGGCGCCUCAUGAGAUUGAUGUUCCACGGGAAGCUUUUAUGGAGUCGUGCAAGUUCUAUCGUUCACCUGGAAUAAUCCACACCUGUCUGAUCAGCCCCGAAGUGCUGCUUCCUCAGAGUUACCUGCAACAAGUGGUGUCCCAACCGGAUACCAGUUGCGGAUUCAUGCCCAAGUCGAAGGUUUCCAUUUGUUUGAAAGCCUUCCAAGUGGACAUUCCCUAUCGCAACCGUCUCCUGGAUAUGCUAGACGAACUCAUCGAUACCGAAAUUCUACAACAAUAAACGAUCCUUAUGGUCAUCAA